CCUCUUCAUUCCGCCCUCCGAUCUCCAUUUGUACCCAUCAUUCCAUCCCUCCUCCACCGGAGCUUUCUUUCUUUCUUUCUUGCUUCCAGCAGAAAGGAGGAAAAGAAAGCUCCUUUCCUUCUCUUUCUUCGUCUCUGGAACCUUUUUUCUCAGAAAAAGUUCGAAGAAUCAGAAAGAGAGACGGAGAAGAAAUGGGAGGAGGAGGAGGUGGAGGAGGAGGAGAGAUGGAGGUGAGGAAGAGGUUUGCCGUGCUGCUGUGCGCGGAGGACUCGGAGUACGUGAAGAAAGUUUAUGGGGGUUAUUUCAAGGUGUUCGUGGGGUUGUUGGGGGAGGAGGGGGAGAUAUGGGAAGUCUACCGGGCGGCGCGCGGCGAGCUGCCGGCCGAGGAGGAUGUGGACGCUUACGACGGGUUUGUCAUCACUGGCAGCUGCAACGACGCGCAUGGCGACGAUCUGUGGAUCAAAGAACUCCUCAAGCUUCUCAAAAUCAUCGAUUCCAAGCGCAAGAAGGUCCUCGGCAUUUGCUUCGGCCACCAGAUUUUGAGCCGAGCUUUGGGCGGGAAGACUGGCCGAGCCAAAGGAUGGGAUGUAGGAGUGACCUGCAUCCACCCCUCGCAGUCUGCUCUUAAGCUGCUCUCAUCUCUUCACAUCCCCUCUCAUCUUCCGGUGAUCGAGUGUCAUCGGGAUGAGGUCUGGGAGCUGCCUCCCCUUGCAGAGGUGAUGGCUUGGUCUGAGAAGACUGGUAUCGAGAUGUUCAGGUACGGAGACCACAUCAUGGGCAUCCAAGGCCACCCUGAAUACACCAAGGAAAUUCUCCUGCACCUUAUCGAUCGCCUCCUCCAACGCAACCUCAUUCAGAUCUGUCAUGCUGAAGCAGCAAAGGCAAGCUUAGAUGCUCGCGAACCAGAGCGAGAGGCAUGGAAAAGGUUGUGCAAAAGCUUUCUCAAGGGGAAACUCUGAUUGUAGCCAGAACUCGUCGCUCCGAAAACUAGAUUAACCCCAACAUUUGUAUAUAAAUCCUCAAAAUGUCAGCAAACAAAGCUAGUUGGAUUAGUUUCAUUUAUGGGUGGAAGUUUACAUAGGAGGGGUUUUUCAGGUCUGCCACACUUCAUGUAACUCUUUUACUUUGUUGAAUGAUUUAAUCAAGGAAUUUACUUCACAAAAAUUAGUGCGAGAAUAAAAACCAUUUUAGUAAUUUUUACUUUUAAGUAGACAUCAAA